AUGCAUUUUACCGAAAAGGUGCUACGGACUUUUCAUCGGCGUGACAUAAAUUUAUUCGGCGGCGUGAAAGAUUUUACUGCGGCGGCGCGCCGGCUCAAUUUCAUCAGCGGCGGCGUGGCGCGGCGGCGUGGCGCGGCGGCGUGGCGCGGCGGCGUGGCGCGGUGGCGUGGCGCGGUGGCGUGGUGCGGUGGCGUGGCGCGGUGGCGUGGCGCGGUGGCGUGGCGCGGUGGCGUGGCGCGGUGGCGUGGCGCGGUGGCGUGGCGCGGUGGCGUGGCGCGGUGGCGUGGCGCGGUGGCGUGGCGCGGUGGCGUGGCGCGGUGGCGUGGCGCGGUGGCGUGGCGCGGUGGCGUGGCGCGGUGGCGUGGCGCGGUGGCGUGGCGCGGUGGCGUGGCGCGGUGGCGUGGCGCGGUGGCGUGGCGCGGUGGCGUGGCGCGGUGGCGUGGCGCGGUGGCGUGGCGCGGUGGCGUGGCGCGGUGGCGUGGCGCGGUGGCGUGGCGCGGUGGCGUGGCGCGGUGGCGUGGCGCGGUGGCGUGGCGCGGUGGCGUGGCGCGGUGGCGUGGCGCGGUGGCGUGGCGCGGUGGCGUGGCGCGGUGGCGUGGCGCGGUGGCGUGGCGCGGUGGCGUGGCGCGGUGGCGUGGCGCGGUGGCGUGGUGCGGUGGCGUGGCGCGGUGGCAUGGUGCGGUGGCGUGGCGCGGUGGCGUGGCGCGGUGGCGUGGCGCGGUGGCGUGGUGCGGUGGCGUGGCGCGGUGGCGUGGCGUGGUGGCGUGGCGCGGCUGCGCACAGGUCUAA